AUGAUCAAAACUCCUCCCAAGUGCUGCUACUGCUGCUAUUACCCCUCGGAAAACUGGUUCUUCCAGAACGCACUAUACACCGCUUCUAUUGAGCCCCUCGUUGACCAGUUCUUCGCGGGCUACAACUGCACAGUGAUUGCGUAUGGUCAAACAGGUUCUGGUAAGACCUACACCAUGGGUAGCGCGAGCUACGUAUCCCAAGACUCUGGCCUCAUCCCUCGAGUCAUUGGAGAAAUUUGUCGACGAGUUGAAGAAAGCAAUCCGGAGGAGACUAUCGAGCUCACAUGCAGUUUCAUUGAGCUCUACAACGAGGAGAUUCGAGAUCUACUCGACCCCUCAGCAGCUGCACUAGACCCUGCUCCAUGUGAGUCGUGUGAUGCCACUCGCAAGGCCCGGUCGGCUAACAAUGGUCUUGGUGGUGGAAAACGUGGAAUCAGCCGAUGUACUUCUUCAACGGAUAAGAUUCGAAUUAUUGAAGACCCGACGUCGAAGAACAUCAUUCACCCUUAUGCUCUUGCUAAGGUUAUCGGUUGUACUGAGGAACCAGUGGAGUGUGCUGCUGACCUACAUCUAUGUCUAGAUCGGGGCUCAGUCGUGAGACAGACGGCCUCAACUGGUAUGAACAGUCAGUCUUCCCGCAGCCACGCCAUUUUCACAAUAGGGAUGGUCAGCUCGGACGGUGACGCUGAAACUGCGGGAUGCUCCUAUCGAGUUGCCAAGUUCCACUUUGUCGAUCUGGCCGGCAGUGAGCGUAUAAAGCGGACCAUGGCCACUGGCAGUCGUAUGAAGGAGGGGAUACACAUCAACAGUGGCCUGUUGGCUCUGGGAAACGUCAUAUGCGCGUUGAGCUCAGCUAUGGAGGAGAACAGCAUUCAUCACAGCUCGCUUCAGAUCCCUUACAGAGACAGUAAAUUGACUAGAAUACUUCAGGAUUCGUUGGGAGGCAACUCUCGUACGGUGAUGAUAGCCUGUGUGUCACCAGCAGGAGCGGACUUUGCAGAGACCUACAACACUAUAAAGUAUGCUAGUCGCGCUCGUUGCAUCACGAAUAGACCUGUUGUGAACACUGACCCAACGAAGAAGUUGUUGAUGGAAUUGAGACAACAGAUCCGAGAUCUCACUGAGGAGAAGCUGCGGUUCAUGGGCCAUGGAUCUGGUCAGAAUGCUGAGGACAUCAGAGCUGAGGUGGAACAGUGGCAACGGAAGUAA